AUCACAGAGGAGGCGUUCCGACGGCGGCGGCGUGGGUUCGCUUGAGUGACACAAUUAUAACAAGUUUGAGGCGGCGACUAGGGGGAAGUUUCAGAUAUUACUAAAUAACAAUUUACCGUAUAACCCAACAUUGCUUGUUUUGCAUGCAUUUUAGUGUACCAGCUAACUGUGACUUGUUAAUGUCGAGGACAAUGUGAAAAGAAGGUGUUUAGAGGAAAUAUUUUUCCCUGGAGGAUUUGCCAUAUAGUCUUUUGCGUUUGGAUCCACACAAACGGUGCUCGGCUUGCGGUGCGUAAAUAAUUUCGCUGGAGUUUUUUGUCUAUGAAAUCGUGCGGAGUGUCGGUGGCCGCUGUAGCUCGCGCUGCUGCUGGUGGUGAUGAGGAAAAGAAAAUGGCGGCGGGAAAAACGAGUGAAACCGAAGAGGACUUUCCGAAGCUUGCGCCGCAAGAAAAGGAGCGCUUAGCAGGCAUAGACAGCGCACUGUUUGGAUUUCAGAGGCUUCAUGAAGAUGGCGCCAGAACGAAGGCCUUGCUGUUAAAGGCUGUUCGUUGCUAUGAUGUAUAUAUUUUAAAAGCUGAAGGAAAGGUUGAGCCGGAGGUGUUUUGCCAUCUAGGUCACUUCAACCUUUUACUGGAAGAUUACCCUAAAGCAUUAUCUGCAUACCAGAGAUACUACAGUUUACAGUCAGACUACUGGAAGAAUGCUGCCUUUUUAUAUGGCCUUGGUUUGGUUUACUUCCAUUACAAUGCUUUUCAAUGGGCAGUGCAGCGCACCCCCUCAGAUGCCCAUUCUGGACAGAGAAGGGCGAUUAAAGCAUUUCAGGAGGUGCUUUACAUUGACCCCAGCUUCUCAAGAGCCAAGGAGAUCCAUCUGCGACUCGGCCUGAUGUUUAAAGUCAGCACAGAUUACGAGUCAAGCCUCAAGCAUUUCCAGCUGGCUUUGAUUGAUUCCACACCCUGCACUUUGUCCAAAGCUGAAAUUCAGUUCCACAUUGCUCAUGUGUAUGAGAUUCAGAAGAAAUACCGCAUCGCAAAAGAAGCUUACGAAAGUCUGUUACAAACAGAUAAUCUUCCUGCACAGGUGAAGGCAACUACGCUCCAACAAUUAGGCUGGAUGCAUCACACAGUCGAGCAGUUGGGAGACAAAGCCAACAAGAACAGCUAUGCUAUUCAGUGUCUGCAGAAGUCCCUAGAAGCAGACCCCAAUUCGGGACAGUCUUGGUACUUCCUGGGCAGGUGCUACUCGAGUAUUGGGAAGGUUCAAGAUGCCUUCAUAUCUUACCGACAGUCUAUUGAUAAGUCUGAGGCCAGUGCAGAUACAUGGUGCUCGAUUGGUGUGUUGUAUCAGCAACAGAACCAGCCGAUGGAUGCUCUGCAGGCGUAUAUCUGUGCAGUGCAGCUGGACCACAGCCAUGCAGCCGCCUGGAUGGAUCUAGGCACGCUCUACGAGUCCUGCGACCAGCCGCAGGAUGCCAUCAAGUGCUACAUUAAUGCCACAUGCAGCAAAUCCUGCAGCAACAUCCCAGCUCUGACAGCGCGUAUUAAAUGCCUUCAGGCUCAGUUGUGUAAUCCUCAGCAAGGUAGUUUACCAAGUAAAAGUAAAAUGCUCCCUAGUAUUGAGGAGGCGUGGAGCCUACCAAUCCCAGCAGAGCUCACCUCCAGACAGGGAACACUCAACACAACACAACAGCAAACCUGCAAAGCUCAUCAGAGCAACGAAGCCCAGUCCCAGAUUCCAGGCCAGUCUCUUCCUCCCCACACGCCCUCUGGCCAGACAGACGACCAGUCCAGCCCAGCCAAAAGGAAGAGGACCGCCAGUCCAGCCGGGAAUUCUUCAGAUUCCUUAGCAAAUGAUCCAGGUCAUCAUCAAAUAGCCAAUUGGAGUUUAACGCCCCAGAAACUUCAGCUCCUGGAACAGUUACGGACCAACAGGGCCAGUUUGAAGCCGGUGCAGCUGCAGAUGCUGGAACAUUUGGAAAAACAGCUCAGUCUAAUGCAACAGAAUCAACAGAUGAGACUGAAUGCCAUGGGUCAAGUACAGCCCAACGGUCCUGUUGCUGGCCCCUCACUGCCUAUGAACUCUAAUUCCACAUCCUCCCCUCACCACCUGUCACACAUCGUCCUGUCCCGCACACCAUCGUCCCACUCCCGAUGCGCUGCUCAGCCGAUAGCCAACGGACCUGUACCUGCAAGCCCUGCCCCAUGCAGCACAGCAGGACCUCUGGCUAACACAGAAGCUGUCUCUGUGGGCAAUAAUCAUCUCCCAGGAUCGGGGAGCAGCGGAAACGUGCCUUACUCGCGGCAAAACGCACUACCUCAUAACUGCACAACCCCCACCAGCAGCAGCAUGGAUGAUGAAUCGUGGAAAAGCCAACACAUCAACUUCUCUCAGGGGCUUCAGAGAAGUCCAGGUUCAUGUUCAGCUGGUCCUAACGGCGAGCAACCUUUCUCUUCCGCUGGGACUUCCCAGCCUACCCCGGCAACCGGCACUGGCGUUCCAAAUCAGGUCGGACGUCCGGCCACCGCCAGCCACACGUUAGCGCAGGAGGCCAGUCACAGUCACCUCCCCUCCCUUAGCCCCUCUCACUCUGCUACCUCAGGUGGACAGCAAGGCACGGUGCACACCAAAGAGAGCAAGCCUUCAGGAAACGGGCAUUCUACGGGGACGCCCGACAGCACUGCCACUGCAGAAGGACUGCCUAAUCACGUCCAUCAGGGCCAGGCAGACGCUGCUGGUGCGAAACCCCGCUCACCAGGUGUACUUAGUUCAGACAAUCCUCAGCUCUCUGCCUUGUUGAUUGGAAAAGCCAAUGAAAGUAAUAAUAGUAACGAUGGUGGGUUGGUGGCUAACGGCACAAAAGUUAACAACAUUCACCAGAGUCUUAAGCCGCAGGAAAACUCUGUUGCUGCCUCUCCAUGUUCUGCGACGUCCAUGGUGACACCCUCCCCAAAAUCUGCAGACCACCAUGGCACCCAUAACAGCCUUAAUAGCCCCAUGCUCAACGGCAAAGGUCUGGAAGACUCUCAGAGCCCCUUAAAGGUGCCAUCCCCACUGGCUUGCCCUAAACAAACGUGCCCCUCGUUCGUCCCAUGGUCUGCUGUCUCUAUCUACCCCAGCUCCAGUGAGGUGCUCAAAGCAUGCAGAAAUCUUGGAAAAAACGGUGUGUCGAACAACAGCAUCUUACUGGACAAAUGUCCACCUCCACGGUUACCACCAUCACCUUUCCCUCUUCUGCCAAAAGACAAGCUAAAUCCUCCCACUCCUAGUAUUUACUUGGAGAACAAGAGGGAUGCCUUUUUUCCACCACUACAUCAGUUCUGCACAAACCCAGCCAACCCCGCCACUGUCAUCCGUGGGCUGGCCGGAGCACUCAAGCUAGAUUUAGGUCUGUUCUCUACUAAGACCCUGGUGGAGGCCAACCCAGACCACCUGGUGGAGGUGAGAACUCAGUUAUUUCAGCCCACUGAUGAGAACUGGGACGUGACGGGCAGCAGGAAGAUGUGGCGCUUUGAGAGCAGCCGGUCUCACACCACAAUCGCCAGAUAUGCUCAGUACCAAGCCUCGUCUUUCCAGGAAUCCCUGCGGGAGGAGAAUGAAAAGAAAGGGCAGAAAGAGCUCUCAGACACUGAAUCAGCUCCUUCAGAAAAUGUGGUGCGGAGACGGAGAGGUCCAUUCAAGCACAUCAAGUUUGGGACAAACAUUGACCUGUCAGAUGAGAAAAAGUGGAAGCUGCAGCUGGCUGAGUUGAGUAAGCUGCCUGCGUUUGCGCGGGUGGUGUCUGCAGGGAAUCUGCUCAGUCAUGUGGGCCACACCAUUCUCGGCAUGAACACAGUCCAGCUCUAUAUGAAGGUCCCGGGCAGCAGGACACCAGGUCAUCAGGAAAAUAACAACUUCUGCUCUGUGAACAUUAACAUCGGUCCGGGAGAUUGCGAAUGGUUUACCGUUCAUGAGCCAUACUGGGGUCUCAUGAAUGAAUUCUGUGAAAAGAAUAAUAUAAAUUAUUUAAUGGGCUCGUGGUGGCCAAAUCUAGAGGACCUGUAUGAAAGCAAUGUUCCAGUGUAUCGCUUUAUCCAGCGACCGGGAGAUCUGGUGUGGCUCAAUACAGGCACUGUACAUUGGGUUCAGGCCAUUGGCUGGUGCAACAACAUUGCCUGGAACGUUGGACCGCUCACUGUGCAUCAGUACAAGCUGGCUGUCGAGCGCUAUGAGUGGAACAAACUUCAGAGCGUCAAAUCCAUUGUUCCCAUGAUUCACCUUUCUUGGAACAUGGCCAGGAACCUCAAAGUGUCAGACCACAAGCUCUUUGAGAUGAUCAAGUACUGUCUGUUGAGGACACUAAAGCAGUGUCAGAUGUUGAGGGAAGCUCUCCUCGCUGCUGGGAAAGAGUUGGUUUGGCACGGAAGGACCAAGGAAGAACCUGCUCAUUACUGUAGCAUCUGUGAGGUGGAGGUCUUUGACCUGCUGUUUGUCACCAGUGAGAGCAACUCACGCAAGACGUAUGUGGUGCACUGCCAGGACUGUGCUAGACGAUGCAGCCGUAACCUUGAAAACUUCGUGGUUUUAGAGCAGGACAAAAUAGAACACCUCACACACGUGUAUGACCAGUUCAUAUUAGCCCCGCCCCUGCCCUCCUCCUCAUCUUGACGUUAACAUUAACGGUUCUUCGGAUAACACCCUGGAACACAACACAUCCCUUUCUGAUAUUCAGGAAAUCUGACCCAGUUCCACAUCACUGGUUUCUGUAGCAAAGCCCACAAGGCCGCUGGUUCGGAGCUGUUUGUCUAUGCAACCUUGCCAAGUAUGGAGUGUCGGCCCACUGGAAUGAAGUGGGAUCGUCUUCAUCUUCAGGACUGUUUGAGCUUGUUCAGCACCACUUCUCUUUGAAACACAAUCUAUAACAAAUGGAUUAAUUGCUGAGGAAAACUAAUUUUGUGUAUAUACCACAAAUGGCAAAAUCACUCAAAAACUACUGAUUCUUUAGUUCCUUUUUUCUGUUCCUUUACUUUUUGUUCUAUUGGACUUCAUCUACGGGCUGAUACAUGAAUAUUUGUUUCAAUCUCAUUUCCUUUAAAGUACUACCGUAGCUGGGCUUUUUUGUUAGAAACGUCUUAAGGUAACAAAAAGUAAGAGGAUAAUUGUAAUGUGAAUUAUUUUUUUGCGUUUUGUUUUUCUAAUAGGUCUUUUUCUUAAGGAAAAAGUUAGGGGUGGGGUAGCCAAGUCACCAAGAAAAAUGGGUUGCACAUAGACUGAGGAAUACACUUUAAUUUGUGUUUUUUUCUAAUCUUGUUGUAAAUUCACACUAUUUAUAAAUAUUUAUUGCUUGAAGAUAUUUGUUGAUGGAAUGCUGUUAUUUUUUCCAGAGUUCCUGCCAUUAAAUUUUAUGGAGUAAUGUCAUUUUGAACAUUUCUCUUUUUACAUUUUCUAUACGAGAAUAAAAUUGCUUUGCAAGCAUUGUACAGAAACGUAAAGGUUGAUAUGGUUUAUGGGUUAUUAAUCACAGGUGUCUUUGUAAUUAAAAUAUCCUCCUUUUGUGAUGCAAGUUCUUGUCUCAGAUGUGAAUUA